AUGCGCAAACUCUUCGGGGAGAGCUUUCGGCGGCAGCCCCCCGGCCGGGCGCCGGAGGAGGAAGGUGGGGCCCGCUCCCUGCACGGAGCCGGCAGCUCGGCCGCCGCGGGGACUCCCCCGGCGGGGCUCGGGGCGCCCCGGCCGGGCCUGGACAGCCCCCCGCUUCCCAGCAGCGCCCCCGCUCCGGCCAGGAGGGAGGAGGAGCGGCUCCGCGCCGGCCCCAAGCAGCCCCCCCCUCCCCCGCCGCCCCGCAGCUGCAUUCCCUACCCCGGCCUGCUGCGAGCGCACCCGCUGCCCUGCGCUCCGGCCGGCGGGGAGGCCAGGCCGCAGCACCCGCACCCGCACCAGGCGCCUUGGGAUAGUUUACAUUCCUGGCAUAGUUCUGCCAAACCACAGGCUGCCCCCCCGCCCUCCACCACCUCCUCUGCUGGCUGCAACCUCCUCCGAGAAGAGAGCUCCAGCCACCAGGAACUGCCUGCUCACAGCUUCCCCUUCCCUGGCAGCGCCAACAGCAAGCAUGGCCCCUGCGGGGACAGGUCCAGGUCCCUGGAGAGGUCCUCGGGGAGUGAGGAGGAGGGGAACCAGCUAGUGACCCCCAGGAAACGCUCCGUCCGGAAGAAAAAGAAAGACCUGGGCCUUUGGGACCAUGAGUCCGACAGCGAUGGGCUAGCGGGAAUGGAGACUGUGCCAGGGCGGCCCCCCCGGACUCAUGAGGUCCUGGCACACCUGCCUCUUCCUGCGAACAAUGGAGCCAAGCCGACCUCGGUGACAAAGAGUCUGGUAGCAGCAGAUUGCAACAAUGGGAACACCUUUGCCGCCCUGCUAGGUGAAGCCAAGGCCGUGGGCAGCGCCGAAGGGCACCGACAGUACACGAGGGGCAUGUCAGAAGGCGUAUCCGCUGCUCACUUCCCGCUGGCCACAGCGCCACCUGUACCCCUGGUCUCCCGCGUCUCCAAAGUGAACAUCCCGCCUUUCGGGCCGAGCCCUUGCGGGUCGAGAAGCAGCAGCAGGUACUCAAGCACUGAGACGCUGAAGGAAGAGGACCACUUUGGGCCCUGCUGGCCCAGCCAAAGCCGGAGCUUCCAGGGGGGCCUCGGCAUGUACAGAUCCCCCAGCUUCGGCCAAAGCGACAGCCUCGCCAGGCUUCAGCAGCAGGUCCGGGUGCGUCCUAAGCUGCCCAUGGGCGUCGGCAGAGUGAAACAGGACCCUUCCAGUGAGAUUCUGCUCCACCGUGGACCCGAGGCUGAACAAGCCAAGCACAGGAAGUCCAUGUCCAAUCCUGACAUAGCCACUGAGACGCUGACUCUCCUCAGCUUCCUGAAAUCGGAUCUCUCUGAGCUGAAGGUGAGGAAGAAAGGUGGCGGGGUCAGUGACCAAGAGGAAGGGGCCUUAAGCAGUGGCAGGAGUGAGAACUACCAGAGCCCAGCUGGGCACCAGCUGGGAGGCAGAGGCCAAAGUGUGGCACAAACCUCAAACCGGUGGGCCCUAGGCGUCCGCCCAACUCUCAAAGACCUCACCGCAACCUUACGCCGGGCCAAGUCAUUCACCUAUUCUGACAAACUGGCGCCACGCAGGCUCUUCCUCCAGAGCUCCAUGAAACAAAGCUCCUCGGAGCUUCUCCUGGCCAGCAGCAGCGACCAUGACAGCGUGGUUUCGGACGGUGAUGCUGUCCAGGGAGAGGACGUUGACGGGCUCCCGGUCGUUAUCCAGGAUCAGUAUAUUCAGGAAGCACGGCAAGUCUUUGAGAAGAUAAGUCGGAUCGGCUCCCAGCACGACUACGGCUUUGUGUCAGAUCAGAAGGACAGCGCAGGUGUGAAAAGUGGCGGGGAGUUUACAGAGAACCAGAAGGAAGCCGAUGAGGCCCUUCUGGGGAGCAAAGAGCACAAGCAGUGCCUGAAGAAAGCAGAGUCUGAAGAAAACCUCUCUUGUGGGAAGUCCAUGGAGGAGCUCUCAGGUCAUGAGUCUAGUAUGACCGAUGAAGGCAUCGUGACAGAGCCUGAGAUGGGUCCCACCAAUGCUGGUUACAGGGAUCUCCAUCAGGCUGUCACAGUGUGGACCCUGGCCAACGCCGACCUAGGGGAGAGCGACACUGAUCGAAUGAACAGUAAAGAGAUUCCUCUCCCUGGGCUCGCAGCUAGAAUUAACCAUGAGGGUGCUGCUGUUGAUGACCUUCCUGGUAAAGUCAUGGCCCAGGGGUCCCUAGAGGCACCUUCCACCCCAAGCACCCUGCGGCGUCGAAGGAAGUUUCCCUCUGUUGGCAACAACUGGUCCGAUUCCAGCAACGGGGAAUCCAGUGGUGAAGCCUACAGAUCCUUAAGCGACCCCAUGCCCCACAGGAGGUGCUCAAUCACAGAAGAGACCGAGAACUUCUCAGUGGACAGUAAUCUCCUAGGUUCCCUGAAUUCCAAGGCCAGUGUCCCAGAGUCUUUGGCCAUGGCUCUGUCCGAGUGCACCGGCAGCGCUGCCAGUGACCUGUCCGUGUGUAGUGAUGGAGUCAAGGAUUACAGCACCGUGAUCCAGAACAUUGUUAGCCAGCCCGGCGCCAUGGACAAAGUGAUUGACGAGCGGGGAAACGGUAAGACAGUCAAGAAGAAAUCAUUCAGCGACCCCAGCCGUCGCAGUGAGUUGGCCAGUGCAGGCUUUGAGGGCCCCAGCGAGCCAAUCAGUGAGAUGGACCAGACCAUCCCGCCUUCCAGCAGCGAACCCAUCCUCUCCGAGCAAAGGGACGAGGUGGAGGAGCUGGAGGAGCUAGGCCAGGAGGUUGAGAAGCUGCGCUCUCAGUCUGAGCAGGUCCUACCUGCAAAAGCAGGAGGCAGCAAUGCAGGAGAGACCACUCAAAGCUAUAGCUUUGACCCCAAACUGGCGGAAGUCCUGUCCCCCAGGAUCAUCAGGCGCAGUUCCAAGAAGCGCACCAACCGGGUGACUCACCAGGAGAACCAUGAGACUGCAUCCUCUGCCGCAACUCCUGCUACUAUCCUGAGUAGGUCCAGGCCUGCAUCCAAGCAUGUCCGGCACACCAGCGAGCCUGCCGCUUUCCUCCCCAUCUCAGCACCUGAGCCUCUUGGGUUGCUCAGGCAAAACGUCCAUGUAACUGUGCCAGAAUCUUCACCUCUCCCCAUCAAAUCCUACCCUGUUCUCCAAGCUCCAUCCUUGGAGGAUGUCACCAAGCAAUACAUGUUAACUCUUAACUCAGGGGACUUGUCUUCUGGUGGCACUGUGGAUAUGCCCAGGUCUUCGCCUGCUACACCGACUACUUCAGAGCCCAAGCUGCUGAGAUGUCCAAAGCAGCAGGAGGAACACAGCCUGAGCAGCACCAAGAGCAAGCCUCAAGUGGACAUGCGGAAACAUGUCACCAUGACGCUCCUGGAUACAGAACAGUCCUACGUGGAGUCCCUCCGCACACUGAUGCAGGGUUAUAUGAAGCCCUUGAAGCAGCCAGAAAACUCGAUCCUCUGCGACCCGUCCUUGGUGGACGAGAUAUUCGACCAGAUCCCCGAGUUGCUGGAGCACCACGAACAAUUCCUGGAGCAGGUCCACAACUGUGUGCAGAACUGGCAUGAGAAGCAGAAAGUGGGAGACGUCCUGGUACAAUCUUUUUCCAAGGACAUCCUGGUGAGCAUUUAUUCUGCAUACAUCGAUAACUUCCUCAAUGCCAAGGAUGCCGUGAGAGUAGCCAAGGAAGCCAGGCCAGCCUUUAUGAAAUUCCUGGAGCAAAGCAUGCGGGAGAACAAAGAGAAGCAGGCGCUGUCUGACCUGAUGAUCAAGCCUGUGCAGAGGAUCCCGCGCUACGAGCUGCUUGUCAAGGACCUUCUGAAGCACACGCCCGUGGACCACCCCGACCACCCCUUCCUAAUAGAUGCCCAGAGGAACAUCAAGCAAGUGGCCGAGAAGAUAAACAAAGGGAUGAAGAGUGCUGAGGAGGUGGAGAGGAAUGCCAGGAUAGUACAGGAGAUUGAGUCCCACAUCGAAGGGAUGGAGGAUCUCCAAGCCCCGCUCCGGAGGUUCCUGCGCCAGGAGAUGGUGGUGGAAAUGAAGGCAGUGGGUGGGAAGAAGGACCGCUCGCUCUUCCUCUUCACGGACCUGCUGGUUUGCACCACCCUGAAGCGCAAGUCCGGGUCUCUGCGCCGCAGCUCCAUGAGCCUUUACACGGCCGCCAGUGUUAUAGACAUAGCCAGCAAGUACAAACUGCUCUGGAAACUGCCCCUGGAGGAUGUCGACAUUGUGAAAGGGGCUUCCCAGUCCACCAACCGUGAGAGCAUCCAGAAGACGAUCUGCCGCCUGGACGAGGACCUGAGCACGCUGGGCCAAGUCAGCAAGCUCUCCGAGACCCUCAGCUUCCCCCACCAGAGCCUGGAUGACGUCAUCAAAGACCUGAUGGCCGCCAUACACCGAGAGCUGACGGAGAAGCAGUCCCUCUCCUUCACCAUGUCCUUCCCACCCAACAAAAUGGAGCUCACCACCACCAAAGCUGAUGGCACCGAGUCCUUCAUCUUCGAGUUCCCCAACCCAGACGCGCGGCACAGCUUUGAGCAGGCCUUUGAGGAUGCCAAGAAGAAACUGGCUUCUCACAAGAACUGCCUGGACCCGGAAUUCCUGAAGGCGAUCCCGAUUAUGAAGACACGCAGCGGGAUGCAAUUCUCUUGUGCUUCUCCCAGUCACAGCAGCCCCGAGAACACCUACGAGGUGUGGGUGUGUAACAGCGACGGCUACGUGGGGCAGGUCUGCCUCCUCAGCAUCAAGAAGGAGCCUACGGUGGAGGCCUGCAUAGCUGUGUGCUCAGCCAGGAUCCUCUGCAUCGCCGCCGUGCCGGGCCUCAAGAGAAGCUUCAGGGAGCGUCCCGAGUCCCUGUUGAGUCCAACCUCCGAGCCGGCUCCUUCGGCGCUGGAUGACUCCGGGCCGCAGCAGUGCCUACAUAUCUCCAUCUCCGGCUCCUCGAUAGAGCUUUCCGAGCCCAUGGACAGCGCCAACAGGGAGCUGAUGCCUUUUGACAGCGACGAUACAGACGAUGAGUCCUCUCCAAGCCCGUCAGGCACACUCCAGAGCCAGGCCAGCCACUCCACCAUCUCCUCCAGCUUUGGAAACGAAGAGAUCCCCAGCUCCAAAGAUGUGGCAGCUGAAACCACCAGCUCGGAAGAGGAGCAGGACCCAGGCUUCCUUCCCAUCUCCAGCACCUUCAGCCAGAACAGGAAUAGCGAGAGCCCCAUGGAUGGGCGGGCGAUGAGGAGGUCAAGCCGAGGGUCCUUCACAAGGGGCAGCUUGGAGGACCUGCUGAGCAUAGAUCCUGAGGCUUAUCAGAGCUCAAUGUGGCUGGGCACAGAGGAUGGCUGCAUCCAUGUAUACCAGUCCUCAGACAACAUCCGCAACAGGAAGAACAGCAUGAAGAUGCAGCACUCGGCCUCCGUCAUGUGCAUCCUGUACCUGGAUAACCAGGUCUUUGUGUCCCUGGCGAACGGAGAACUCAUCGUCUACCAGAGAGAGGCAGGACAUUUCUGGGACCCUCAGAACUCCAAGUCCCUGUCCCUUGGCUCCCCGGGCAGCCCUGUCUCUAAGAUGGUGUCGGUGGCUGGCAAGCUGUGGUGUGGGUGUCAGAACCGAGUCGUUAUCCUCAACACGGCCACACUGCUGCAGGAGCACACGUUCCAUAUUGGGCAGGACAGCAACCGCAGCGUGACCUGCAUGGUGAGCUGCAGCCCAGGUAUCUGGAUCGCACUCCAGAGCAGUGCCCAGGUGAGGCUGUAUCACGCCACAAGCUACGAGCAGCUGGCGGAAGUCGAUAUCACGCCCCUGGUCCACAAAAUGUUAGCAGGUUCGGAUGCCAUUAUCCGCCAGCACAAGGCUGCCUGUUUGCGGAUCACAGCACUCCUGGUUUGCAAGGACUUGCUCUGGAUUGGUACCAGCGCCGGGGUGGUGCUGACGCUCUCAAUUGCGGCCAAUGCCACCUCCUUGAAGAUGCCCCUGAUGCCGGUGGGUUUGUCCCAGGGGCACACUGGGCACGUGCGCUUCCUCACCUCCAUCGAACUGCCCGACAGCUUUGAUAUCAUCUUUCCACUGCCGAGGGAUCCAGGUACCGAGAAGCUGAGCGAUGCAGAAAAGAGAGAUUUGGCAAGACACAGGUCCUCCAACAUGGUCCUCUCCAAGUCUAAGAUGCUUGUGAUCAGCGGGGGGGAUGGCUAUGAGGAUUUCAGACUCACCAACAGCAGCGAGACAGUGGGGCGAGAUGACAGCACAAACCAUCUCCUCCUGUGGAGGGUCUGAUCCGUGGCAGCACGGGACCCCACUGUGGGGGAGCACCAGCCCCACCCUUGCCUCCUCUUGUUACCAACCGCCCCCGAACCCGUCUCGUCUCCCAUCCCGGAUGAUUUGUGUGUGCCUGGGGACAAGCUCCUCCCAAACACAGCGUCUGCAGCGUGGUGAGAGGAACACACUCGCCAAACAGAUCCUAUGGCGCAGCCUGCGCUUACGCCAUCUGCGAGUGCGGGU